ACCGCUUACAAUGCAGGACAGGCUCUCCAGGACGCCCGGCUGGACGGGCACGACGCAGACAUUUUAGCUCUGCAGGGCGCUGGGCCCUACGCCACGGGGGCGGAGCUGACGGCGUUGCAGCUGACUCUGCAGCUACUUCGACGCUAUGAGUUCAGCAGAGCCCAGGCGGACCGCAGAGUUGCGGACUUCAGCGUGGAGAUCAUGGAGCGCGGCAUCUUCAUGGGCUCGGUCAGUCGAGUGAGGAAGUCCCCCAAAAACUUCAAUCGCAGUCCGCUUCAAGUGGGCUGGGCCGUCCUGGAGCUGUCCAAGCUGAAGAUCGCCUGCUCGCAGAACCUCACGCUCCCCGUGGAGUUCGACCUGCUCGGUGACCUGGACGCUAAGGACUUCGAGGUUGAGGUCUCGCCCGAGGCUUUGGAAAAACUCAAGGAGCUGCAGGGACGAAUGGGGGCUCUGUCGGACGAGUGCGCCAAUUGGGUCUUGCUCUCCGUGGUUUGCUUGGCGGUGAAGAAGCACAGCAUCCUCCUCUCCGACGGCAAGCAGAUCCAAAAAGCGAAGGGCGUACCGAGGAGUGUUCGAAGCGCCACCCGGCACCAGGACUACUUGAAGAUCCACGAAGAGAACUCCACGAGGCACGACUCCUUCACGCAGCUGCGCUCAUACCAGCACCAGAUCUUCAUCGUGGAGCAGCAGAAGAAGACCUUCUCCGUCAUGAAUGACAAGGCUUUCCAGCUCACGAAGGAGAACUGCAGGCAGCUGGGCCACUGGCGCAACGCUUACCUCGGAGUCUGGAUGCGCUUAAAAGGCGCGGACGCGCUUUUGGAGAAGAUCUUGGAGUUCGUCCGUGGCCCCGCGCCGAUGAGGAAUCCGAAGUGGGGCGAGCUGGCGAAGUCACUUUCGCGCUGA